GUUCUUUCCCACCCAUGACCUAGUUAGCUAAAAUCUUUAUUUCUCCGUAAAUAGAUAAGUUAAGUACUUGAAAAUUUCCUGAGUGUAUCCUUGCAUAAUUUUCCAACAUACGGUUACAUAUUUGUGAGGUAAUUUGUUGGGAAAUUUAGAGAAAUAAGGAAAACAAAAGUAUUCUUUGAUUUAUCACGUGACCAAUUUAGCCCUUGCGAGAUUUGAGUGACAACCAAGAUGGAGAUGAUUACGAUCAAAACAGUGGCUGUUAUUGCCAUAAUAAUGGGAUGUUUCCUCACCCUGUAUCCAAGAAUAUUCCAUCCAAUGGUCAAAGGAAUAUUUGGCGAUAGUGAUGGCAAGAGAAAGGUGGAAAUGGACGACGUUCAUCCAAGAGGACGCCAACAUCCUAUCCAUCAUCAUGCCAGCAUGAGUGAUGAUGUACCACCCAGAAUGAGGGGUGGACCCAAUCCUGGGAUGAGGGCUCAUUCUGAAAUGAGGAAAGAGACUGCGGCAACUGGAGGGGGAAAGGGAGGUAUAAUGAUGAUGGUCCUUCCUAUGUAUGCUGUUGGUAUAGUGCUCUAUCUCAUAUACACACUCACUAAGGUAUUCAGUCGAAAGAGUCGCUCGGAGGAAGAAGAGAUCUUGCAUUCUCAAUAUCGCCAUAUGGAAUAUGACGGAGACCAGAAGGAAUUUGUGUACGGAAGUCAACUGAACCGUAAAAAGUUUGUGUUUGGAGAAGACUUUGAUGGGGACGACGAUUAUAAGAGAUAUUUGCUGAAGAGACGCAAUGAGAGAGAACUUGAGAAGCUUAUACGCAAAUCAGAUGAAGGGAUUAUUACCCUGCCUGAAAUGAAGGAGCUGAGGUCCAGGCUACAUGAAACAGAGAUGAGGAUGACAAGAAUACUUCAUGCCAUGGAACAUGUUGAGGACAAAGUUCACACAACAGGUGGCCUCCUCUGGGAAGAUGGUGAUGAAGAUGAAAACUGUGAAGAGAUUGAAGUUGAAUCCCCAUACACUCACAAUGAUGCUUCAGACAGACAUAAGCACCGACAACAUAGUCCAGGUAGGGCGCGAUAUAGGCGUGAUGAUGGGCUAAGACACGAUGAUGGGCUAUAUCGACGAGAUGAUGGACUUUAUGGAAUAAGACAUGAUAUUGAUGAGCCAUAUAGAGAUGAUGGACUAAGACGUGAUAUUGAUGAGCCAUAUAGAGAUGAUGGACUUAGACGUGAUAUUGAUGAGCCAUAUAGAGAUGAUGGACUUAGACGUGAUAUUGAUGAGCCAUAUAAAGAUGAUGGACUUAGACGUGAUCAUGGACUAUAUAGAGAUGAUGAAAGAUACUCAAAAGAUGAUCGAGCUUAUUCUAGAUCUAAUAGAGCAACAUGUGUACAAUCUCAGCACAAUAAUGAAGGAAACAUCUCAGAUAGUGAAGAGGAGUUUAAUGACACAUUUGAAGAUCUGGAUGAUAUUGAUGAUGGGACCCUCAAUGCAGAGACACAUACAGCUGACACACAAUGCAAGAAUGAGACACUGAUUGAUGGGAACUCAGAUGAAUCAGAAGGAGGAGACAGUGGAUUGGGGAAAAGCACUGAUGCGGAAGAAUUAGAAUCUCUUAAAAGACACAUGGAAGGGGAUGCCAGAAAUCCAGUGGAUGAUGUGGAAAAUGUUAAAAAUGACAGUGUUGAUGAAAUAAUUGGAAAUGUGGAAAAUUUAGAAAGUGAGGAAACUGAAAGUGUUCGGAAACGUCUGAUAAAGCACACUCAGGAUGGCAGUGAAUAA